AUGAAUUCCCUCAGGAAGAAGCACGGAGAAGACUUCGACAUUGAGGUAGUUUAUGAGGAUCAACCUUCAAACGACUGGACGUCGCUGUUCUACCGUCUGCAAGGCGUGAUCCCUAAGCCGGAGAGCUAUCUAGUAGCACAUCCAGACGUUCGUGUCUUCGCCAGUGGAACGUCCUUCUACAAGCAAUGCUUCCCCAACAACUCGCUCCACUUUGGCUUCUCCUGCGCAGGAAUGCAUUGGCUGUCGCGACUGCCGUGCAAAAUCACUGACGGGCUUCACCCGACACAAAUCACCGUAGCCGAGGAACGAGAGAUGUUCAGACGCCAGGCGGCUGAGGAUUGGGAGACCAUACUCGUACAUAGGGCCAGAGAGUUGCAACCAGGUGGGCGACUGGUGAUAACUAACCUUGGUACCGAUAAAGAUAAUCAAUAUGUGGGAAACACCAAGCGUAUCAAGUGUAGCUUGAUAAAACACAUGACGGAUAAGGGCCGCACGCUGGUGAAGAAAGGCAUCAUUACCAAGGAAGAGUCUCAGAGCAUGAACAUCAACACCUGCCGUUCGCACGGAAGGAGGAACUAA